GUCUUUAAGGGUGUGGCCUUCUUAAAGGGAGUGCCCCUCGUCGGACUGAGUUCAGCCGUAAAUAAAAGGGGAGGUCCCAGCUAGGGUCUCUAAAAGGGGUAGGGGGCUUGAAAAGCAGCCUCAAGUGGUGUGCAGGGGUCUUUAUCAUAAGGGGGGUUCAGUGGGGUGAUCCCAGCUAGUGACUGGUUUUAGGAAUCUCAAACAGCGAUUGGUAGAGAAGUCUUAGGGACUAGAAUCUCUGUUUCUAUUUUUUAAAAGGGGAGUGAGUACAAGUUUUUGAGCCUAGACUUUGUCAUCUAGAACGUUAAUAGACCACAGCUAGAGACUGGUGUUUAGGAGUUUUGAACAAGGGUGGGCCGGUAGGGAAAUCUUAGGGACUAGCAUCUCUUAAAAAGAAAGGAGGGGGAGAAGACUUGGGGCUGGGAUUUAGUGGUCUUUAGACUGGACAGUGGGGGUGGUCCCAGGUACUAGAGAGUCUGGGAAAAGGCUGGGUUCAUGUUGGGGUGAGCCCCCACCAGAGCCUGUGUUUAAGCAACUUCUGAAGAGAAAUUAGGAGAGAAGCGGUUGCAGAUCAGUGAUAUUUCUGAACUGGCUCUAAAGAGCCUUCCUGGCUUUUUAAUUGUGGAUGGUUGCAGGUGAUGUGAGCUCUGGACAAGGAAGAGGCAGCGAUAGCAAGGCCCCUUCGGAAAGCGUCACUUAGCUGCCAUUCUCUGGGGCCACAAGAGAUGUUGAUACCUCAGUUCCCUGCAGUGGCCCAAGACUCUUAGUGGGAUCCCGCUUGUUGUUUGAUGAGUACAGAAAGCCUGAGGGAUGGUUCUAGGUGUGGAUUUGCUUGCCUGGCUUUAUUUCCUAGUUGUGUGCUACUGGGGGGGGGGGGGAAGAGCAAUUCUGCAAUCUUUCUUUUUUGAAGCUGUAUUUAUCUUGCCGGGUGGCGUUAGAUGCACAAGGAAAAGGUAGCCUAGUAACUGGAACAGGGUUCCUGUGGCUCCAUUGACAGAAGGGUUUACAUAGCCAACACUGUGGCUGUGCAACAGAGUCAAGAUGCCGAUGCAUCCAAAGUCAGACCCCCGUUACUUUGUGGUUAUCAGGCCUUUGCCCAUCCCCAAUCAGAAAGGCCUCAAGGUCCAAGCUCGAAGCAACACCAUCUACAACUGCUGGGACGUCACAAGAGAGCAGGUGUUCCGGGAGAACUAUCACCGGAGGAUCAAGCAGCUUACGCAACAGGGCUACUUUACGCCCAGCUGGAAACCCUAUCAGGAUUUUGGAGAACCUCUUUACCUUGAUCCAAGGAAACUCACCCUUUACGGUCUUGGGCAGCUGCCCCUGGAAUUUUUCAGAGAGGAUGUUUGCCCAGAAGAAAUAACGGAGCCAGCAGAACCAAAGGCUGCUAAGAAGUCAAAGCAAAAGGAUCACGAGAAGAAACCCCUGCCUUUUAGACACUUGGAAAAGGAUCUGAGGACCCUUCACAGAGACCUUGUACACACGAGGUGUUUGAUCAACUCGGUGAAGAUUGGACGUGGAUACUUCCAUACCCUUCACAGAGAAACCUUGGAGAGGAAGAAUGCGCUCAUGUUGGAAGAGCGGAAGGAAGAGGAGAGGUGGAAAACUGAGUUUCAGCCUCCUCGAUACCCAUCAUCUUCGUCCUCCGAUGAAGGCUCAUCUGAUGAUGAAGAACUAACUGAUUUCUUUUUAACAGAAUGUCCUUUUCUGAGAGAGACGGAGAAAAAGAAGAAGAAGAAAAUUGUCCGACCUUUCACCCCUGUCUACAACGGCCUGCUGGCAGAAAAGCAUCCAGACGCCCAUUUUGAAUCCAUAUUCCGGCAGCUCUGUGCCCUCAACUGGCUCCUGGAAGCGUUGACUCUUGAGCCCAACAGCAGCAUGAAACCUGUGAUAACUUGCUGGAAUCCCAAGGACUACGGUGGUGGUAAAAGUUCGUUGAAAGUGAUCACUAAAGAAAAGACAGUAAAGACUCGCUGGGAGCACUUUCUCUUGCAAACAAAGGGCCGAAAAUACACCCAGAAAGCACAGUACCGCACUGCAGCGAGCAAGAAAACGCCCAAGAGGUCCUCCACCAUGAGCAUAUCCUCUCCCCACAGCAAAACGACGCUGACCAGCACAAGCUCCCUGACGCCCGUCUCGGACGAAGCGGCCCAGCCUCCUUCCGACAGCGCCAAGGAAGUGGAAGAGAUGGAGUCCUCCUACAGCAAGCAGACAAAGGAGGAGGAGGAGCAGCCCAUGAGCUACUACUUGCAGACGUUACUUCAGAUGAUACACGAAGAUGUGGCGAAGAAUUUUAGCAAAGAAAAUAUGUUUUGGAACUCGAAAUAUCCCCGUUCACACACCAUGUUGACGAGACGUGAUCUGGAGAGCGAUUUAUCCUUUGGACAAAAGGGCAAGAGCUCGGCUUCGUCCUCGAAGGAUGACAAAACCAGCAUGGGCGCCAUGAGAGAAGAGACGCCAGGGGAGCAGAGGCCAAAGAGUUCACUGGCGGUGACCCUCCGAGAAGAUAAAACAGUGACGGCGACCUAUUCGGAUGAAGACAGCACAGAGCAGAGCAGCAGGCCGCAAAGCUCCUUCAUUAAAAGGAAAGAGCAGCUGUACAAUGAGAUGAAGGAGGUCUUCCACGAAGUGGCCCACGAAUCUGCGUUCAGGCUGCACGAUCAGCUGGACAUCCUGGAGAGGAGACGAGAAGAGAAGAGCAUUCAGAAGUAUCUGUGCCUGAGGCGCAUCACCAAGUUCCGAAGAGACCUCGAGCGGAUGAGACAGUCGAUCCGGAGUAUUGAGCCGGCACAGGAUGCGGAGUCCGAGAACUGGUUUUCCACCUUGCUGGCCAGGAUCCCAGAUGACAUCAAGAGAGACCACCGGACCCAGAAAGUCUUGAAGAAACUGGAAAGGUUUGCCCGGAACCCAGACUUGCGCAUCCGACCGCCCACCUUCCUGAAAGUGUUGGGUGAGCUUCGGAUCUGGGAAAUUUGCUCUCCGGACAUUUGUGCAGCUGUGGAGGAUUUCUCCUGUACCACCCAUCACACAUUCCCUCUCACCUCUUUCGUAGUUCCUGCGAGAAUUUAUUGUGGAGAUGCCCGAGGAGGAUUACAAACAGUGGUUGCAGUCUCGAGUACCAAUCCCUAAACGAGCACACAGUGCCCCACCGAUAUGCUGAACGGCACUCCCAUACAUACACACCCCGCCCGAGGGCGGAGUUGAAAAGGCCGAGGACGCACUCGUUUGCAAAAGAAAUCAGACAUGUACUGGACCGAGUUGAAGUACACACAGACUGAAGGGGGGGGAGUACAGUUGUUCCCUCACCCCACCCCAAAGCGGUGCAUGACUAGGACUAAAGGGCAACACUCGAGACCCACCUCAAAAGGCUGGAAAUGCUCAUUCUCAAAGGUUCGUUUAGAAUUGCAUCGCACCCACUUGCGGCUGCAAAUUCAAAAUGACAAAGAGGGAAUUGAACAGCCAAAGCCAUUUUAAGUGCACAGUGCCCUUCUGCCUUGAAGUUUUAGAUGUUUAAUUUAAAUUUUGGGUUGGCAGGGGGGGGAUUGAAUUCUGUGCCUGCAGCAACUUUCAGUUCAGUGAGGGGAGCAGAUCCCACUGCUUGUGGUGAUCAGCUCCUCUCCAUUCUGAGGCUUCAGUGCCUGUGUUUUGUGUGUUUCAGUUCUUUGUUAUUGGUUGUAAAUUUCUGUGUAAUUUUAUUAAAAAUUGGUUUUAACAGUGUACAUUCUUGGGAGUUUUUAGAAAAGAUACACAUUGGGUUUGCAGCUGAGCAUCCAAUAUCU